CGGAUCGCCGGGCGCUGCCAUGGAGCCGGUGCCCUGCCACCACCACGGCUCCCUGUGCCUCCUCAAGACCGGUGUCCGCGACGGCCCCAACCGAGGGAAAAGCUUCUUCGUAUGCCGGACCCCGGGCUGUGCCUUCGUGCGUCCCAGCGACAUUCCUGCCUCUCACUGCUUGAUCCAUGAAAACUCCGUUGUGGAACUACAGGCUCUGCUUCAGCCUCAGGGCAAGAAAGAAUACCGAUUGUACUACCGCUGCAGCCGGGGUCGCGGGGAGAAGCAGCACUGGUGUGGCAGCAUUCCCUGGCAGAGCCCUGAUGUCCGAGACCUGACCAAGACCGAGCAAGCCCAAGGGGCCACUGAGAGGCUCCGUAACCUGCCCCCCAACCACCCACGGAAUCCUUUCCGUGUCCUUGACAAGAAUCAGGAACCCUCCCGCUGGGGCCAGCUGAGCACCGGAGAAGGAGAGCGGAAGCGGGUGGAAGUACAGGAGGUGAAGCAAAAUCCCAAAUUGACUGAGGAGGAGGAACAGCAGCAGAGAUGGCAGAGGGCGGAGCAGCUGAGCAGAAGGCCAGGCAAGACAGGGGUGGGCGAGGCGGAGAGAGCCAUUCCCCCGUGCUCAGUUGGUGCUGGGGAAACUCCUGCCCAGAAGGACCCCUCAAAGCUCGGGGCAGAACGACCCCCUGGUGUGAGGCCAGAGGAGCCCUCGGCCUUCUCAAAGCCAGACGAGACCAAGGCCAGAGACCGGAGUGACCGGGAACUCAAGAGGUGUGAUCCUCCAAGAGAGGCAGCCCCUGGCGGUGGACGCGCUGGUGAUGAACCUCGGGAAGAGAAGCCGUUCAACAGCGAGCGGUCGUGGGGCCACCCGGCCGAUCUGGCCGAGGAGCCGGGCCAAGGGCAGGCUGCAGCGAAGAGCCUUGGGGACACCGGCGGGGACAGUGGCCAGGGUAGACCCGGUGCUCAGGGAGCUCCCACUCAGAGAGAGCCACCGGGUGACCGUUGGAGAGAGAACGAGAGUAGUAACAGUGAGGAAGAAGAGGGGGUGGCUUUAUUGUCUAAGAAGCCAGGGCACAGGCCGUGCCCCGGCCCGGUUCUGGAUUUGUGUCAGGACCGUAAGGAAGCGUCCAGCAGUGCUGGGCAGAAGACGAUCCCAUCCUUCCCCGGGUUCCAGAAGAACCCCCCGCAGGCAGAACCUCUGGACCCCAGAGCCCAGCAUGGGCUUCUCACGGCACAACUCAAGCAGAAAAAGAGCACACUGGCCUCGGUGAACAUCCAGGCUCUGCCGGACAAGGGCCAGCGGCUGCUGAAGCAAAUUCAGAUGUUGGAGGAAGCUCUGAGCUCCCUCACUCUUCCCAAAGAAGCUCCCGAAGAGCAGGCCCCAGAUGCUGUGCAGAGCCGUUCCCAGGACCCUCUCAGCAAGUCCGACCCUGAACCGGCCUCUAGGCAGGCCCCCAAGCCACCUCAGCCCCCCAGUGCCCUGGGACUAUCUGCGCCCCAGCAGGCGGGCCCUGGGCACUCCCGUCACCACCAAGGAGGUGAUGUCCAGGAGCACAUCUGGGCGGUGUGGAAACGCACCAGCGAAGCCAUCGACCACCUCCAUAAAUCCCUGGAGACGCGCCCCACAACAGAGACCGAGGCGGAAGACCCUCCUGGGCUGAAGGUGUCUCUGCUGCUGCACCAGAGGCAGGCGCUGGCAUGGUUGCUGUGGCGGGAAAGUCAGAAUCCCCAGGGAGGAAUUCUGGCUGAUGACAUGGGUCUGGGGAAGACCCUGACGAUGAUUGCCCUCGUCCUCACUCAGAAAAAUCGGGAGCAGGAGAGAGAUGUGGGUGGGAAGCCGGCGCUGUGGAUCUCUAGAGAUGACUCCUCCGUCUACACUUCCCGAGGGACCCUGAUCGUCUGCCCUGCCUCACUGAUCCACCACUGGAAGCAGGAAGUGGAGACCCGUGUGGACCGCAGCAGGCUCAGGGUCUAUCUGUACCACGGGCCCAACCGGGACCAGCGAGCGAAGGUCCUGUCUGGGUAUGACCUCGUGAUCACCACGUACAGUCUGCUGGCCAAGGAGGUGCCCACAGCGAAGGAGCAGGGAGAUGUCGCUGCUGCCGACCCUGAUCUGGGCCCAGAGAACUCUUUGUCUCCGCUCCUCCGGGUCGCCUGGGACCGUGUCAUCCUGGAUGAAGCCCACAGCAUCAAGAACCCUCGCGUACAGACCUCACUGGCCGUGUGUAAGUUGAGGGCUGCAGCUCGCUGGGCUGUGACCGGCACACCCGUCCAGAACAACCUGCUGGACAUGUACGCCCUGCUGAGGUUCCUCCGCUGCUCUCCCUUUGACAGCUUGAAGCUGUGGAAGAGCCAGGUGGACGACGGCUCUCGGAAGGGAGCCGAGAGGCUGAACAUCCUGACCAAGAGCCUGCUGCUGCGGCGGACAAAGGACCAGCUGGACUCGGCCGGCAAGCCUCUGGUCUCACUUCCCCAGCGCCACAGCCAGUUGCACAGGCUACAGCUCUCUGACAGCGAACAGGCUGUGUACAACGUCCUGUUUGCCAAGUCCAGGUCAACCCUACAAUCCUACUUAAAACGGCAUGAUGCGGACAGCAGGCCAGCUGACAAGAGCCUCACCAACCCAUUCGACAGAGUGGCCCAGGAGUUCGUGUCUGGAGGUGCAGGACCCAGUGGGACAGAGGCCCAGAGCUCCAGCACCGUCCACAUCCUAUCCCUGCUGCUGCGGCUUAGGCAGUGCUGUUGCCACCUCUCCCUGCUGAAGACGGCCCUGGACCAGACGGAACUGAAGAACGAAGGGAUCUCCCUGUCGCUGGAGGAGCAGCUCAGGGCUCUGACCUUGACUGAGCUUCACAGCCCAGAUCCGGACUCCACCGUCUGCCUCAAUGGCACCCGCUUCCAGGCGAACCUGUUUGAGAUGACUUGUGAGAGCAGCAAGAUAUCCUGUCUCUUAGCUGAACUGGAGGCCAUCCGGAGACAGUCCCAGAGAAGUGUCAUUGUAUCGCAGUGGACCAGCAUGUUGAAGAUCGUGGCUGUUCACCUCCAGCGACUUGGACUGUCUUUUGCCGUGGUGGAUGGCUCUGUCCAUCCCAAGCAGAGGAUGGACCUGGUGGGGGCCUUCAACACUGACCCCAAGGGGCCCCAGGUAAUGCUGAUUUCGCUCUUGGCCGGCGGCGUGGGACUCAACUUGACUGGGGGGAAUCACCUCUUCCUUCUGGACAUGCACUGGAACCCAGCGCUCGAGGACCAAGCCUGUGAUCGUAUUUACCGUGUGGGGCAGCGGAGAGAUGUGGUCAUCCACAGGUUUGUCUGUAUGGGGACAGUAGAAGAGAAGAUUGCACAGCUCCAAGCCAGAAAGAAAGACCUGGCCAAGCAGGUGCUGACGGGAACUGGCUCUGCCUUCACCAAACUCACCCUGGCAGACCUCAGAGUCCUCUUUGGCAUCUGAUCCCGUCACUGAGCAAGGGCACUGCUGGCCCACAAGGGGCCACGUGUAAAAGCUGGGAGCCCGGUCUUCCCACCAGAGGCUUCUGCCAGAAAGCGCCCCAUGACGGUCAAGCUGCCUCCGGCUCUGUUCUCUUACUGUCCCUCCAGCUAGCCCCGUUGCCCCUGACUUGACACUCUUCCUCUCGCCGGUCACACUGGCCCUUGGUAUCCACCCUUCCUCUAGGGGACCGGAGAGGCAGACUCAAGUCAUCGUAGGGCAGUAAAGACCUCUCUUCAAAGCCUGGGUGCUUUCUGGAGAAGCAGAAGAGUGGGACGCUGGAGAGGGAAAAAAAUAA